CAGCAGCAACAGCAGCAGCAGCAGCAGCAGUUCGGCCUCACCAUGCAGCCGCAGCAGUACUGCCUGCGCUGGAAGUACCACCACAGCAACCUGCAGAUGAUGUUCUCGCAGCUGCUGGAUCGCGGCUGCUUCUGCGAUGUGACCCUGGCCUGCGAGGGACAAAUGAUACGCGCCCAUCGCGUGGUGCUGUGCGCCUGCAGCACCUUCUUUGAUUCGGUGCUCACGAGCUAUGCCAGCGAGCGGGAUCCCAUCAUUAUCAUGAAGGAUGUGACCUUUGCCGAGGUCAAGUGCCUCAUUGAGUUCAUGUACAAGGGGGAGAUCAAUGUGGAGCACGCCAGCCUACCGUCGCUGCUGAGGACUGCCGAUGAACUGAAGAUCAAGGGUCUGGCCGAGGUGAGUUGGCGCGACGACGAGGAUGGUCCGCCGCCACCCAUACCCGCGGCCGUGUUUCUCUCGCCGCCGCGCAGCCUGGCCGAGAGCUAUGCCCAGGACAUGCUGCAUCACCAGCAGCAGCAGCAGCAACAGCAACAGCAGCAGCAGCAGCAACAGCCGCAGGCAGCGCUCCAAAUGGGUGCCACAUCAGAGAGGGAUCACGAUCGGGAGCCCUCCAUGGAGAGUGUGCUUGGCCGUAUGCCUCCGCAGACCCCACAGCCGGGAACAGGUGCAGGAACAGGAGCCAGCAGCGAGCUGCAGGCGGCCGUUGCACCCGUUGAACACUUUAUGGGACCAAAGCGCAAACGGGGACGUCCCCCACUUGACGAUGCCUACGAUGUAUUCAAUGUCCGCAAGCUGGUCCACUAUGCUGCCAGCCUGGAGCCCGCCCAGCGAGCAUAUUUGGAGUCGGCCCGUCACUUUGCCGAGGAGCCGCCACAACAGCUUACCCAACAUUCCAGUACGCUGGCCUCCCCGCCUGCCUCCACCUCCAGCCUCCUGCCCAAGCAGCGACAGCGCCACCGCCAUCAUCAGCAACAGCAACAGCAGCAGCAGCAGCAGCUCCAGGCUGGCUCUGAGCAGGACUCGGAUGCAGCCGACAGGGCCAAUGGCAUUCAACGCGGCAGCUCCACGCCCAAGCCCAGCGAUGCCAGCGAGGGGGCCAAGCAUGUGCUCGAGGCCAGAAAUGAGGCGGAUCUGCAGGUGCUGGGCACCUCCACAGUGGGAGCGGCCUCCAAGAAGCUGGAGAAGAUUGGCGAGCGGCGGGAGCGUCACGGCAAGCUGCGCCACGCCCGACGCCACUACGGCGGCGCAGAGCACGAGAAGUCCUCCGAGAAGCGUCACGCCGAGGAAUCAGCCCAGGGCCAGAGUGCCAGUGCCCUGCCGCAGCCCGUGGAAGAGAUCGAGAACGAGCAUCUGGUGGCCAAUCGGGCCGAGUCGCCCGCUGCCCGCUGCCCGUCAGCGCUGGUGCCCGCCAGUUUCGGCCGCAAGUACGAAUCGGGUGUGGGGGGCAGUGCCUCCGGAGGCACUGGCGGCUAUUUGCUCCACGAGCAUGGCCUGCUGAUGCCCCACGAAUUUUCACCGAGUGUGGCCAGUGCAGCAGCGGCCACUGCUGCCGUGGCCGUGGCAGCAGCUGCUGCGGUUGCCGCCAGUGCCAGCGCCAGUGCCAAUGCCAAUGCCAGCAAUGGAAGCCACAGCCAGGUCGGCGAACAGGGGGAACUGGAGGACUACGACGCGGCCGAGCUGCGUCUGACCAACGAGGAGCUGUCGGAAUGGCAGGACGUGAUCAAGAUGGACGACUACUUGGCCAAGGGACGUCGUCCGCAGUUCUGGGAGGAGCCGUUCACCAAGCGCGUGCUGGAUGCCAUCAAGAACAAAAGACUUGAGAUGAAGAAGGCCGCUCGCAUUUUGGGCGUUUCCUAUGGCACACUGUACGGGCGCUAUCGCGAGGUCUAUGGCUGCCUCAAGCAUCCCUACAGUCCGGCACUCCUCUCCACUCUUCCACACAGCUUCACGAACUAUCGCAACUUUGGGCCAGCGCCAUCAGCUGUUGGCGGCCAGUUGGCCGUCAGUCAGCCUCGCUUCGAUCUCAGCCUACGCGCUGGCGCCGCACAGCCAUCACAGUUGGGUGAACUGGGAAAGCUAAAGAAGGAUCUGAGUGAGCUUUGGACUCGUCCGCAGAUUUGAGAGCCACCACCAACAGCAGCCCCAGCAGCAGCAGCAGGAAAACCAACGAAAAAGUCCCGAAAUCUGAAGCGCCGCCCACAGGCUGAUUAAGGAGAGGGAAGAAGAUGCGGUAAAAAGACAAAAUGAUCACGAGGCUAGUUAAAAGCAGAUGAAAAGCGGAACAAAAGCAGAAAUCCCACAUUAAUUUUUAAAAUUUUUUUUUUUUUGUCUUCGUGUUAUAAACCAAUAACAGACCAGAUUUAAGG